CGCCGGGCAAACGAAGGAAAUGAAAAGGAAAGAGCAACAGAGAAAGAGACCUAGAGGAAUAACUUUGAUUUCCUUUCUACGGAGGGUCUGACUUCCUAGAGACAAAGAAAAGGCGAUAAGAUUCCGCCCUCCUGAGUGUUUGCAUCCCCUUGAGACGAGGCUGUUUAGUACAGUCCACAUUUCUUGUCCCCGCCCCCUAACUCUCUGGCCUCCUUUGCCCCUCGCAGGUUCUAGUUAGCUAAGUGACGGCUAGAAAGGCUGAAGAGCGGCUUGGGGCAGGGUUGCUGCCUGCGUGCCCCUAGUGGCGGGAGGAUCAGGUCCCAGGCUCCACCCUACACAAUCUUCCCAAACUUCUUAAGCCUCUGGGUGAUGGCAUCCACUCCUACCAGGAAUGAAGAGAAAAAGGGCAGCUGGCCAUCUCAAGCUGUAUCCUCCUUGACUGGAGAUCCGAAGGUUUCAUUAUCCCGUUCUGAGGAAUUCCUGUCUCGAAUCAGCACAGAACUCACAGAUGAGGCCUUGUUUAUGGCUCGCUGCCAUGUGAAUGCUGUGCCUAUCAAGGAAAAGCAAACACAAGACCAAGGGACUCAGAUAUCCAGACAUGUGUUCUUCACCAAGACCCGAGGCACAGACACCCGCUCUGACAGAAACCGUAUGCGCACCAAGACACACCUCUUGCCCUCCCCUCGUGAAAAGAGCAUGCCUCAAAACUCCUCUCUUGCAACUCGUUGAACACCAGUUUGGGGAGGACUCCUGGUCAUCACCCUGAAGCCUCCAAAGUGUUCUGGAAUCAUCACACCACUCUCUACCCUCAGCCAGAAGGACACUGCCAGGAGUAAAAGGCUUUAAUAAAGAGGCAGGGAUCCCCCACUCCCUCCAAUUCAGGCAAUGCUCUGGUGUGACUUCUCUGAUGUGGAGGUGUGGGAGGGGAGUUUUGAUUUUUCUUUUUUCUGGAUGUGGAUGUUGGGUGUGGGCAUAUCAUUGGAAUGGUUUUGAUCCAGGCAGUUAUCUGUCAGCCUAUUGGCAGAGGUGAGCUCAUGUAUCCAAACCCAGUCUUCUAGCCAACUUCAACACCUUAAGGCAAUGGUUCUCAACCUUCCUAUGCCACGACCCUUUAAUACAGUUCCUCAUGUUGUGGUGACCCCAAACAUAAAAUUAUUUUUGUUGCUACUUCAUUAACUGUAAUUUUGCUACUGUUAUGAAUUGUAAUGUAAAUAUCUGAUAUGCAGGAUGGUCUUAGGUGACCUCUGUGAAAGGGUCGUUCAACCCCCACAGGGGUCAUGACCCACAGGCUGAGAACCACUGCCUUAAGGCCUAGGCCUGUGGCAUCAUGGAGAGCCUGCUCUUGCUUCUAAGGUGCUACCUCUGCCACCACUGUGGAUGCUGAGGACCCCAAGCUGUGAAUUCUCCCCUCUGAACUUUGAGGCCUUUGUGCUUA